AUGUUAACAAUUAUAUUUAGUGUUCUUGUUAUUGUCUUUAUCAUUUGGGGAAGUAGAUUAUUAAAUAAAAAAAAAAAAGAAGCUAACUUAAAAACAGACAAUAUAACAAAGAAUAAAGUAAAAGAAACUCCUAGACAUAAAAAAACAACACUAGAAGUUAAGAAAAAUAUACCACUAAUAAAAACCGUGAAAAAUAAUAUUCCCCAUGUGUUAUUUGAUAGGAAUAUUGCUGUUCUAAAAGGUAAUAACUAUCCCUUAAGUUUGUGUAUAAAUGAGAAAUAUGGGAUUAUUGCAAUUAGCUGUAAUAAUGGAAAUAUUCAAAUUCAUAAAAUUUACAAAGAUAAUGUAAAUAAAUCUAUUAUAAAUAAGAAAAUGGGGGAAGUAUAUAGUUGUAUUGAUAUAGAUGAAGAAGGAAAUCACUUAGUUGCUGUUGAUGAAUUAACUUCAACAUUAAGAAUAUUUAAUAUAGAAAAGUCUGAAAAUAAUAUAAAAAAUUUUUCUUUAAUAUUGAAAGGGAAGACAGAAUUGCAUAAAAAGGAUGUUAAAUUUUUAUAUGUUCAUAAAAAUUCUUAUAUCAUUACAGGUUCAGAAUUGGAUGAAACAGAAGUAAAAAUAUGGAAUAUGAAGGGAGAAAUUAUAAAAAUUAUUAGUAUCAAACAAAUUUAUAACCAUGAUUAUGCUAUUUCAACAUCAGGAAGAUUUUUUGGUGUUGCUUGUUGGUCUCCUGGAGUUAAAGUAUUUGAAAUAAAAUUGAAAGAAAAUGUUUUUCAGAAUAUUGAAAAGGUCAUGGAUUUAAAAACUAAUUCAGGAACUAAAUGUAUAUGUUUCAGUAACGAUGAAGAAAAAGCUUUUAUAAUUGACAAACAUGGAAUUUUAACUGCAUAUAAUUUAAACAUACGAUAUAAACUUCAAGAAGAUUCAAAAAUUUUAUAUAAAAAGGAUUUAAAAGAAUAUAAUUUUGAAGAUUUUUCAAGAAUGUCAAUGUCUGGUGAUUCUAAGUAUUUGAUUUUAAUUUCUGGUUGUAAUUUACUAAUUUUGAAACAAGAAAAUCUUGAAAUGGUAAAUAAAAUAAUGGAUUCACAUCAAUGUGAAAUAUAUAAUGUUCGUCCAAUUCCUAAUUCUUCAUUGUUUCUAACAUGGGCUAAUGAUGGCUAUAUAAAAUUGUGGAAUAUAUCAAAGGAAUAA